AUGGCCACCGACGGUGCCGCCGAUAGCCCGCCAUACCGGCUCCUAGUCUGGGUGUCUGAGAUCCACUUGGGAAUAGAGAAGAAGCUGCAAAAGUAUUUCCAGAACACAUCGAAGUCUGGGGGAGGCAAGUGCAAGGUCAAAGUUGGUCCCAAUAGUGGCAGUUUCUGGAUAGAGUUUAGUAAAAAACAAGCCAAAGACGGUGUGUUAGCAAAGAAAGAUCACUCUGUGGCAGUCAGUGAUGGUGUACAGGUGAAAAUCUACCUAGAAAAAGAUGAAGACCCAGAUGGGAACAGCAUUUUGGAGAUAAAACAGUUUCCCUCUCUGAUUCAGUCAGAGCCAAAGGAAAUUCCCAUUGAGAAGAGCCCAGAAGAAAUCCGUGCUCUUAUCCCCUCUAAUUUCUUCAUUCAAAAGAUAUUUCUCCAUGUUGAGGCUCAGCUGACCUUCAAGCUUUCCAGAGAACAAAAAGAGAUAAUUAUUACCAUCUGCCCAGAUAUCAAAAUAGAGGGAGGCUUUGAUGGACCUGAGAAAGUGGUUGGCGACUUUGAAGAUAUUGAAAAAAUUUAUCGAUUCUUAAGUGACACCAUGCUGGGAAAUGACCAGAAAGAUGAUUUCUCCGACUCGGCUUCAGCAAGUGAAAUUGAGGAAAUUAUGCCAAAUGACUGCAACAGUCUUGUUCUUUACUCAAACCCCAAAACGAGAUCUGAUGAGGAAUUGGACCUUCUGUCGGUUCCUUCACAUUUGUAUGAAUAUUUCAAAUAUUUCUUUGCUGAAACUCUGGACAGAAUAGAAAUUGAGCAUCAAGUGCGCAUCAAAAGUGCUUUGGUAUAUCCUACUGGCAAUGUGAGUUUAGACUUCGAGACAAAUAAAGCAUGGGACAGAGAUGCAGCUCAAGAAGCUUUUACCAGAACCUUUCAGAGGGAAAUACAGAAUGUGGUCCAUAAGGAUGUUCAUUUCACCGAUAAUAAGGUGGUACUUGACAUGCAAAAAACCCUGACUGACAUGUUUCAAAAUCUCCAUAUCAAAGCUGAAGAAAAGGACUUAGUCCUCUGGGGAAACCCGAAGGAAAUUUUAGAAGCUCAACAAUACAUUGAAGAAAACUACUCCAACAAACAACCUGAGGAACCAGCAGCUCCUGAAAACGUGAACACUGGAAUUGAGGUUGAUACUGCUCACUGGCGUGUUCUGGGCCAAGAAAUCAGAGAAAUUGAGAAAACAUAUUACACUGUAAUGGAAUUGGUGCACAAAUCCAAAACUCAGAAGACCCUCAUUGUAUUUAAACCAAAAGACAAAGACUUAGACCUCUCUGCACAUGCUUAUGAAGAUUUCAUUGACAUCUUUCAGAUGCUCUUACCUCAGAUUGUCACAGAAGUGGUGACCCUGAAACCAUUAGACCAAAAGAGAAAGUGUUGGCUUGAAAAGACCUUCUUUGAAAACUUGGAGAGAAAGCACCCCCACGUAAUCCUGGAGUGGAAUGAACAAGAACUGACACUGACUGGUCUGCCCAAGUACAUUGAGAAAGCAAUGAAGUACGUUAAGAAAUACUUCAGCGUUGAAGGUCCUGUUCAGCAGAAACAGGAGCCAGCUCUCUCCCUUGGAGAGAAUUAG